UGCUGCUGUUUAUUGCCUAAACCCUACAGCUAAAACACCACAGCCAGCUCAGGAAAACAGGCCAAAGAUGCCAACCGCUUUCAUGGUAACCUGAGUCUCCUCCAGUGACCCAGGAAGCCGCGGGCUAAGCCUCCCCAUCGGGGCCCGGCGACAGCUCCCCCGCCAGAGCCACGGAAGGGAGAGGCCUGGUGCCCGCGUCCAGUCUCACUCCACGGUGGCGGCGGCGGUGCAGGCUGCGGCCUGGAAGGGGCGGUGCUGGGAUCCUCCGGGCUGGACUGCCCAGAACCGAAAGCAGCUGCUGCAGGGAAGGGGGGAGGAAGGAGAGGCGGCUGCAGGGCCGGGAGGUGAGAGCCGGGCCCGGAAUGAGCCGGCCGGCGCUGCUGAGCCAUGGCUCUGCGGCUGAUCACCCACUUCGACGUGCGGGCGGACGUGCUCCCGAGUCUGCGGGCCCAGGCGGCGGCAGCGGCCGAAGGAGGCGGCGCAGGUGUUUUAGAAACAGCUUAUGAGAGCUUGCGUGUGCUAAACAUCGAAAGAAAUGGAAACAUUAUUUAUACCUAUAAGGAUAUUAAGGGGAAUGCUGUCUUUGGAUUAUAUGACUGCCAAACCAAACAGAACGAGCACCUGUACACCUUUGAGAGGGACAUGCAAGCUGUCAGCUGCUCUGUCAACAGAGAGAGGACUUUGCUUGCUGCAAGUUUUGUCCAGUACACUAAAGAUGUAAGGAGUGAGCUUCAGCCGGGAUCAAAGUGCUUAACGUUGCUGGUUGAAAUCCAUCCUGUCAACCACGAGAAGGUUCUGAAAGCGGUGGAUAGCUGUAUCUGGGUACAGUUCCUCUACCUACACGUUGAAGGCCGUCUUCUGCAGAACCACCUCUUACUGAUUUCAGAAGAGAAAUAUAUUGAACAGUUUCACAUCCAGAUUGCCAGAGAAGAUGGAAACAGAGUGGUAAUUAGAAAUUCUAUCCACUUCCCAAGAGACAGAAUAACUGAAGAUUUUGUUUGGGCUCAAUGGGAUAUGUCAGAGCAGAGAUUAUACUACAUUGAACUGGAGAAAUCAAAGAGUGUCUUGAAGUGCAUCCAGUUUUGGGAGGACGAAAGCUUUAAUUUAAUGUUUGAAAUGCCCUUGGACAUAUCAUUGAGUGGCUUAAGAUUUAAGUUUGUCAACUUUGGAUAUGAUUAUCAUCAAGACCAAGAGAAAUCAUGGAACCAGCCUUCUCUUUGCAUUUUUACCAGCCACACAGGGGGCUUGUGUGUGUGUUAUAGCCCAAAGUUCGACUCUGGGGAAGAAGUCACAUACUCCGUGUUUUAUCUUCAUAAAGGAUACAGAAAGACCUUCACUGCCGCUCCUGGGAGUGCUGGCUCACACGCGACAGAGGGCAUUACUUUCCUCAACCUUGGCUGCCUUGUAGCUGUUCAUUUCCCUGGUCAUUUCCUCCACUUACUUAACGUUCAGCACCCAGACUUCACCUGCCACAGUCUGUUUCUGACAGGAAACAGCGACAUGGCUGCCGUGCUACCUCCCGGUCCCUUGCGGUUUCUGCCGGGGUCCCUGGUUCUGGACUGCUCCUCCGGGAAGGUCUACAGAGCAGCCCUGGACCAGUCGUUCUUGAUGUGGUUCCUAUGGAACUCCGCCCACCUAGACUGCGAGAAGAUGGCCGCAUUGCACUGCGCGCUCUCCUGUGCCCAAGACCCAGGUUUCCAGGACGAUCAGAUUAUUCAGUGGAUUUGUGAGCACGUCUCUGCCUGUCAUUCAUUUGACCUCAUCCAGGAAUUUCUAAUCGCUUCUUCCUACUGGAGCGUGUAUCCGGAUCUGGCUGGCGUGGACAGGCUCCUACCUUACUCCUCUGUGCUGACGUGGAAGACAGAAAUUCCUGGAUUAAUGCUUGUGACAGAAGAGCUCCCGUUGCCUCUUAUGAAGGUCUACAGUUUGACAGGGUACUGGGCCAAGCUGAACGCCAACCUCGAGUAUGUUAAGUACACGAAGCCCCACUUACACUACCACAACAGCGUUGUGAGGAGAGAAUGGCACAACCUGAUCUCUGAAGAGAAAACGGGGCAAAGAAGGUCCACAGUGUAUGUGAAGAACAUUCUCGACAACGCAGCCAGGGUGAUUUCUAACAUGGAGUCAAGGGCCCUGGAGCCAAGGUUGAUACCUCUCCUACAAGAGGAAGAUCGGCACCAGAGGCUGCUCGUGGGUCUGAUGGUGUCUGAGCUAAGAGAUCAUCUAUUGAGACACCUGCAGGGUGUAGAAAGGAAGAAGAUCGAACAGAUAGUUCUGGACUACGUUUCAAAACAGCUGAAUCUCGUUUGGUGCAUGCUGGAGACCAGCUGGAGGAAACACGGAGCACGUCCUUGGGUUCUCCACCUCAAUAACCAUGGCAGCACUGCACACUUUGAAGUCUUUCACCUCAUGACCAGGAUUUUGGAUGCCACAAGCAGCCUGUGCGUCCCCCUACCUCCUGGUUUCCACUCUCUGCACACACUCCUUGGGGUACACUGUCUCCCUUUGUACAACCUGCUGCACUACAUCGAUAACGGGGUGCUGCUACUCACGGAGACCGCGGUCACCAGGCUUAUGAAGGAUCUGGACAAUUCAGAGAAGAAUGAACAGCUAAAGUUCAGCAUCAUCGUGCGGCUCCCUCUGUGUACCGGGCAGAAGGUCUUCCGGCUUUGGGACCAUCCCAUGAGUUCCAACAUCAUCUCCCGGAACCACGUGGCACAGAUGCUCAGGAGCUACAAGAAAGAGCCUCGAAACUCUAUGAUUGGCAAGUCAUCGUUCUCAACAGAAUUUCUGCCUCUGAACUACUUCAUUGACAUUCUGGCAGGCCUGGAGUCCUCGCACCAAGCUUCGAGGGAUUUCGAAGGCCAUGACAGCGUGGACGCAGACUUUGUCGAGGAAGCUGCUCUGAAACACACCUCGGUGCUCUUGGGUUUAUGAAAGUUAGCGUGCAGAUGGCCUGCGUUCAGCGUCUCGACGCUGUUUCUCCCCGCUUUUCCUGGGAAUUCUUAUUGCUCCUUAAGAGGGGUAACAGGUCAGAAUAUACCGUGGAGCUCCUCGGGCUUCGGUUUAGGUCUCAGAAAACGGAGCGCGUCCGCACCCUAUCCAGAGAACCAGAGAGCAGUCAAGAGUCAAGAUGGCGUCUCGUGUGUGGCAGGAGCAGUGCUCUUCCUGGCGGCUCAGGGCCAGGAGCUAGUUCUGCUGCGUUCCAGGAUCAAGUGAAAAAACAGAGGGCACAAUGCUUUGAACGGGAAGAGCUAGACAGACCGCUGGAAAUAACAUAAAACGAGCAGAAAAAUUAAAUGUUGCAAAGAGGAUUUAAGAAGAACCUGGGUUUGGACUAAACAAGACUUGCCAUUUCCAGCCCGGAGUAACUGUGACAAACCGCGUUUGUGCAUACAGGAUGUGAGCAGCCUCUGCCUGUGUGGUGGUUCAGAGGGAUGUGUAUUUAAUGUUUGUAUUAAUGGGAGUCUGAUUUAACGAUGCCUUCCCGUUAAACAUGACCUCCAGUGCGGAAAGCUGUGGUCUGACUUUUCGCUAAGUUCUGAGCAUAGCCUUUUUAUUGGCACAGGGCGUGGUGAGCCCAUGGGUGUGUUCCUGCAGGACACAUGACGACACAUGACAUCCUCUCUCAUCUGUGUCCUACGUCAGGGUCACCCUCACUCACAAGGCUCGACUUCCCCGUUCACUUCUGCUUCUCUCCCUUCUGCUGUUUCCCUUCCCGGUGGUGAAAGUUUAAUGACUCUAAAUGUCGCUAGCUCAUAUGCCAAUCCACCUCAUUUUCUGCCGCCUCUGUUGUCUCUGGAAGCUGCCCCGGCCUAUAGGAUGUCUCUUCUUGCUUCAGAUCAGCCAGGCGUGGGAUAUGUUGGCAAUUAUUCAGCAAUGUGGAAAUGCUGUCUAUCUGUAUUACUUCUCUUACAAAUAACUCUGUACUGGAGAAGGCAGAUUUUAUUUAGUUCAAAUUAAAUAAAAAAAUCCUCUU